AUGCACGUGGGAGAAAAUUCGUGUGAAAGUGGGAGGUCACCCCUUGGUGAAAAUCAGAGUGCUUGCAAAGGUCCGAAAGCCCAUGAGUGUCGCAAAUGUAAGAAAAGCUGUGCUGAGAAAGCAGGUCUUACCCAACACCAGAGCUCACACCCGGGGAGCAAACCCUACGCUUGCCUUGAGUGUGACAAGUCCAUCCCAGUGAAGGCAAACCUCACCGAACACCAGAGGACUCACACCGGAGAAAAACCGUAUGAGUGCAGCGAGUGUGGGAAGUCGUUCUGCCAAAAAUCCGCCCUCAAGAUACACCAGAGAACCCACACAGGGGAGAAACCGUUCAAGUGUAACGAGUGUGGGAAAACCUUCUGCGUGAAAUCGAACCUGACACAGCACCAAAGGACCCACACCGGAGAGAAGCCGUACAAAUGCAGCGAGUGCUGGCGAUCUUUCUGUGUCAAGUCCAACCUCGUCGUGCAUCAGAGAACCCACACAGGAGAGAAACCCUACAAGUGUCCCGAGUGUGGGAAAACCUUCUAUGAGAAAUCUGCCCUCACCAAGCAUGAGCGGAUUCACACCGGAGAAAAACCCUACGAGUGCAGCGAAUGCAAGAAAAGCUUCAGCCAGAGGUCAGCUCUUACCAAGCAUCAGAGAAAAACACACAAGAAGAAAGCAUCUUCCGGUAGCCUUCAUGGGCAGACACCAGAACCGACGAGCGAAGCUCGCUGA